CGCAGAGGUAGCAGCGGAUGUUUACUGCGGCUGAGGUCCGUCCGAAGCGACAGAAGCGUCUGAAGAACUGCUCUCCGAGACUCAAUCCGAGGGCUGCUGAGCGCCGAGCCUUGCUUGGCUGUGACCUUGAACAUGGGCGGUGCUGUGAGUGCUGGGGAGGACAACGAUGAGCUCAUCGAUAACUUGAAGGAAGCCCAGUACAUCCGGACGGACUUAGUAGAGCAGGCUUUCCGCGCUAUUGAUCGAGCAGAUUAUUAUCUUGAAGAAUUUAAAGAAAAUGCAUACAAAGACUUGGCAUGGAAACAUGGAAAUAUUCAUCUCUCAGCCCCGUGCAUUUACUCGGAGGUGAUGGAGGCUCUGGAUCUGCAGCCUGGGCUCUCAUUUCUGAAUUUGGGCAGUGGUACUGGCUACCUCAGCUCCAUGGUGGGGCUCAUUCUAGGUGAGUGUGGAUACAGAGCUUUAGUCCCCUCUGCCUUAGGACAACGUGGUUAUCACUUUAGUUAUGUACUUAUUACAACAACAUAUGUAGUUACAGAAAACUUUUUUUCUUUCAGAUUUGACUUCUGUGAACCUUCCUUUGUAACUGGAAAUUGCCUGGAGAUUGCUCCAGAUUGUUGUCAGUAUGAUCGUGUUUAUUGUGGGGCUGGUGUGCAGAAAGAACAUGAAGAGUACAUGAAAAAUCUUCUCAAAGUUGGAGGCAUCCUUGUCAUGCCCUUGGAAGAGAAGUUGACCAAGAUAACACGCACAGGCCCUUCUGCUUGGGAGACAAAAAAGAUUCUGGCUGUUUCCUUUGCCCCUCUGGUCCAGCCUUGCCGUUCGGAAUCAGGACAGCCCAGACUUGUCCAGCUACCACCACCAGCCGUGCGCAGCCUACAGGACCUGGCCCGGCUUGCUAUCCGUGGCAGCAUCAAGAGGGCUAUGCGACAGGAAGCCACAAGAGGAGGUGGCCUGAAGAACACACCUAUGUUUAAAAGAAGGCGAGUCCGUCGCCGCAGAAUGGAGACCAUUGUCUUUUUGGACAAAGAGGUUUUUGCCAGUCGAAUUUCCAACCCCUCUGAUGACACCAGCUGUGAGGAUGCAGAGGAGGAUCGGCGGGAAGUGGCAGAGAGGACCUUACAAGAGACCAAGCCUGAGCCACCAGUGAACUUCCUUCGUCAGAGGGUAUUGCGCCUCCCAUUGCCUGAUCCCCUGAAGUACUACCUGCUGUAUUACAGGGAAAAGUGAGCUGUGGGAGAGUGGGACCAGGAUACCCAGAGGAAACUGCUGGCCAGGUACAUGUCUUUUCCCUUUCUUGGUUCCUGUCUGUGCUCUAAAACUUCCCAUGUAAUGGUGUGAUUUAUUUAAGUACAGUCUAACAAGAAACUGCAUAGAAUUAUUUUCUUUGGGGGUGGGGNGGGGUGUGCAUCUUUUUGGCUCUACUGUAACUUGAACUCAUUGGGAACUGCAUGAUGUCUGCUCCUUAUAGAGGCAAGCUUUCACAUUGAGACUUGAAUUAAAUUUGAUUGGAUCCUGUGUGAGGCAAGGGGCAAGUCUGUAAAGGUGUGACACACCACCACGCAAAUUUCAUGUGAUGGUUCUAUUGCUGGCCUCUGACUUUUGCCUUUUUCUAUGCUCAGAAAUGUUGAAAAUCCUCCCUUAUUUAAAUCAAACUAAUCAAAUAUUAUGUGAAAUGUCAUCCAUAAUUUUUUAAAGAAAAAGAAAAUGAGAUGCAGAAGGAGGAAUAAUGUAUAGAAAUGCCAGAUAUCUUUCAGGAAUUUCCAAAGACUUGCAAGCAGUCGAUCCUCCCCUGAUUCCUUCUGAUGCUUUAUAGGAACCACCAUCAAGUGAUCUCUUUUUCUGAGAGGAAAAGUUUUUCCUGAACCAUCGCAGUGAUUCAUGAGUCAGUUCUAAGGUAUCUACAUGAGAAUUUUCUGUGCAGGUGGAGAGACUGCAGUGUCACAGAACGCCCGUGCUUCUUGACUUCUUUGGUCAUAUUAGAGUACUGGGUCAUAGAUUUUUAUCUUUUAUAAUUCUGGAGAAAAAAAUUGUUAGUUUUGUAAGUUUUCUUAAGAACAGAUAUAUGUAUUUUAAUAGCUCCAUUGCAUUAGAGCAGUUUAACUUAGUGACAUGUGAAAUCUGUUAUCUCCAGGCCAUAGGUGUUGAGAACUAUCAAGUUUAAAAAAAGGG